GCACGAGAAGCUCAGAUGACUUCAAGAGCGGAAAACAUUUCUUAUCUUCAGCGUUCAUCCCCAAAGGAAACAGAAACUGUUCAAGGUUGUUUCGUGCAAGUUGGGCUCAACAUUCCAGGAUGUCACUCAAGACCGUUAUUUUGAUCGCCGUGGUUACCCUGGGUUGUCAUGUGCUGCUCACCAAAGCACAGACUAACUGUGGAGUGGGGAGUGCGUGCGACAAUUGUCCCGAGGGGUAUUACGGUAUUGUGCAGAUCAACCCUCUCGUACAGGUGAAAGUGUGCUGUAAAGGAUGCAGCAGUAAAUACUUCAGCUACAGAAGCACUCCUACACCAGCAUGCACAUGUCAAUAUGACCGUGUGAUUAACGAUGCCUCCUGCUGGAAAGGUGAGCAAUGCGAUAACUGCAACAGCAGUUACACAGGCUCUGUGAAUGGCCUGCCGGUCUGUUGCUCACAGUGUAGAGCCUUUGGCCUCAUACUCAGCCCCACAAGCUGUUCAUGUAACGAUGGCGCCUAAGCUGGAUCCAGAAAAAAGCAGUCGUCCGCAAUCUAUCCCGUCAUACAGUCAGAAAAUGAAGUGUUGACCCGGAAACGUUUCACACAGCGAACGAGCUGAACGAAAAUACGGCAGCCAUUGUUGCGGCUAUGGCGUUACCAUGGUAAUGUGACAUGCGCAAUGUGAAACGGAACCUGGAGAGUUAUCCAUCAUUCUUCUUUGAAACAAAAGUAAAAAUAGACCUAUAUAUAAUUCACGUAGUUAUUAUUUUUUCUUGACGGGAUGACCUUUUUUGAAAGUAUAUAAACAUAUAUAUAAUCAUUUCCUCACUUUUCGUUAAGUAACCAUUAGAACUAAGCCAAUUCAUAUACAUGUAUAUCUACUGCACAUGCGCCACAAAUUUUCAUUAAAAAAGCAUUCUUUGAGGCAAAUAAUGAUCACAAAAUCUUAGUUUUGGUUUUCUGAAACAUACAUUUUGCCAAACAGUUGUCAUCUUACAUUGAAAAGUUCGAAAUUUUAGGUUAAAUACAGCACUUGCAGUUUCUUAGUAUCAAUACUGGCCUCUCUGCAACGAAAGCACAUCGGAAUGCGGAGACAAAAACAGCUGAAAGUUGA